AAUAUCUCUGCCGAGAUGAAGGCAUUUCGAAGAGGGUUGUGCAGCGAGUACAUUUGUCCAAGCAUGUCGAGGAAAUACAAAUAUAACAGCCGUACUACAACGCCAGGUCAUAAAACGACAGAGCGCCGAAAAGUUGCCUCUUUGGCAAGGAGAAGCCACACGCUUUUUGUGAUUAUCGUUGCUUUUGCGUCGGUAGUGACUUACAUGACUGCAAGAAUGUUACGCCACGAGCGAAGGUCAGUACAGCUGUACAUGAGGGUGGCAGAUGGUGCAGUGUUCCUCGAAAAUGUAAGACCAAGGGAGGUUUUUAGGGAAAUCGAAACUGAGCUAGCAGAUAUGCACAAGAUAGACGUACAGGAUAAAUACACUGUGAAGAAAAUGAAAAGUCCUAUCCAGUUUCCGAGAGUGAUUUUACAAAAUAUAACUUCAGCGGCAGAGAUGAUUAUCAGCCCUCCAACGUCACUGUGUAAGAAAACGCAUAUUUACUUCAUGAUAUUAAUCUUCUCCGAAGAGAGCAAGGCGCCAUUGAGGGAUAUCAUACGAAAAACAUGGUGUAAGCAAAACAAGCAUCGUAACAACUCGGUUUCCACAUGCGUGUUCGUCGUGGGAAAAAGCAACUCCGACGAAAACAACUUCGCCAAAGCUGUUACAGCGGAGUCGAAGAAACAUGGCGAUAUUAUGUUAAUGCCCUUUCUUGAUGACGUCAGAAACUCAAGUUUAAAAUUAAUUACAGCGUUUAAGUGGUUACGAACAAACUGUCCGAAUGUAAAUUACGUCAUGAGAACUCAAGAUGACGUUAUUGUCAACACAAACAAGUUGAUGAGCACAGUGCUGACGUCAGCACCCGCCACACGAUUUGUUGCUGGUAAGUGCCAAGAUGCAACCCCUCCCAUAAGGAACGCCUACAGUAAGUUUUAUGUACCAGAGGAUCUGUACCCACACGCAAAGUAUCCACCUGUGUGUUCGAACAUGGGCUACAUCAUGUCGGGUGACGUCAUUGAGAUCUUGUACGCCGAAUCAUUCAAGCAUAUGACGAUACCACUGGAUGACGUAUUUAUUGGUGUUAUGUUGGAAGCGGUGAAAAUCGUUCCUCAAAACAUGAACCGUUUGAUUUAUACUAAAUCUAUCCGGCAAACAGAACGCACGAGUCGGUAUAAAAUAUGCUCACAUAGCAUUUUACAUAUUCAUAUAGAUACUGUGGCCAGCGCACGCAAGAUCUGGCAGGUCAUGAGAGACAAAUGUAAUGGGGCGUGACCACACGUCAUUAGACGGUUUUUAUACAUUUUUGAUAUCUGCUGUGCUCGAUUUUUAAUAAAUUAUUCAUGCCUCCGUUUGUUAAA